AUGUCAUACGAAAACGACAACAGAGGAUCAUUCAGAAGUUACGGUGGCUCUAGUGGCCACAGUUACGAAAGACGAGACAACUUCCAUAACGAAGGAGGCUACAGAGGCGGAGAUCGUUAUGGUGGAGAUUUCAGAGGUGGUCGUAACAACUAUGACGAACAUGAACUUGGUUCCGGAUUACAGAAACAAGAGUGGGAUCUUGACACUAUGCCAAAGUUUGAGAAGGAUUUCUAUAAGGAGGAUCCUGUCGUUGCUGGUAUGACCGAGGAGGCCAUUGCUAAAUUCAGAAAGGACAAUGAGAUGUCGAUCUUCGGUAAGGAUGUGCCAAGACCUAUCUCGACUUUUGACGAGGCCGGAUUUCCUGAUUAUGUCUUGAAAGAGGUCAAAGCUGAAGGUUUUGAUAAGCCUACUGGUAUCCAGUGCCAAGGUUGGCCUAUGGCAUUGUCUGGUAGGGACAUGGUUGGUAUUGCAGCUACCGGUUCUGGUAAGACUUUGGCAUACUGUUUGCCUGCAAUUGUUCAUAUCAAUGCUCAACCAUUGAUUCAACCAGGUGACGGUCCCAUUGUUUUGAUUUUGGCACCUACCAGAGAGUUGGCCGUUCAAAUUCAGAAAGAAUGUAGUAAAUUUGGUAAAUCUUCUAGAAUUAGAAACACCUGUGUUUACGGAGGUGUUCCUAGAGGUCCUCAAAUUAGAGAUUUGGCCAGAGGUGUCGAGAUUGUUAUUGCCACUCCUGGUAGAUUAAUGGAUAUGUUGGAGUCUGGAAAGACUAACUUACGAAGAGUUACAUACUUGGUUCUUGAUGAGGCUGAUAGAAUGUUGGAUAUGGGUUUCGAACCUCAAAUUAGAAAAAUCGUUGAUCAGAUUCGUCCAGAUAGACAGACCCUUAUGUGGUCUGCUACCUGGCCCAAAUCUGUGAAAGGUUUGGCUAGAGAUUAUUUGAAAGAGUAUAUCCAGGUGAACAUUGGUUCAUUGGAAUUGUCCGCCUCUCAUACAAUCAAGCAAAUAAUUGACGUUAUUUCUGAGUUCGAGAAACGAGACAAGUGCUGCAAGUACUUGGAGAAGGAGAUGUUGACUGAGGAUCCUAAGAUCCUUGUCUUCGCUUCAACUAAGAGAACUUGCGACGAAUUAACUACGUAUCUUCGUGAGGAGGGAUAUCCAGCUCUUUCUAUUCACGGUGAUAAAGAACAGAGGGAAAGAGAUUGGGUCUUAGAGGAAUUCCGUUCAGGAAGAUCUCCAAUCAUGGUUGCCACCGAUGUGGCAGCCAGAGGUAUAGAUGUCAAGGGAGUCAGUUCUGUGAUUAACUUCGACAUGCCUGGUAAUGUUGAGGACUAUGUUCAUCGUAUUGGAAGAACUGGUAGAGCAGGUGCCAAGGGUACUGCUGUUACGUUCUUCACCAAGGACAGCGCGGGCUUGGCUCACGACUUGAUCGUGAUCUUGCGUGAAGCUAAGCAGGAGAUUCCAGAUGACUUACAGGCUUUGGACAGAAGAGGAAACCGUGGCGGUAACGGUAGAGGAGGCUACGGAGGAAGAGGAGGUGGUAGAAGAUACGGCAGAGGAAGUGGCCGUGGUCGGGGUGGCUACAGAAGAAAUAACGGCUACCAGAGCGGAGCUAACAAUGCUCCAAUGGGUCAGAGAAGAUUCUAA